UGUAAUUCGCGUAUGUCUGCGAGUUUAGUUCGGCGUCUACAUGUCAUAAUUAACUGUUUUUCAUUUUCAAACUAAGAUUCAUUUCUUUAUUUUAUCUCUUAUGCUUUGACACAGAAUAGAUAAUUUAAUGAUGGGUUCAAAUUCUUUAGGCUCCAAAGCGAAUUUUUCGCAAACGAUACACUUUAAGGGCUCUGAAACUGAGUACAGUGCUGAAGUUGUUGCUCAAGAUGUUACCAUCAAUUGUAGUAAAGGUGACCAUAGAAAUGGAAGUUCUAAAGUAAAGCUAAAAAAUCUUGUUGAUUACAAUUGGGAAUUAAAAUACCACAUCGGACAAUUGAUUGCUUGUCAUGUCAAUGGAAAGCAUUAUGCAUAUACUCUUAAACCUAAAGGUAAACUUGGAAUGUUCCGGGUUGUUAACAUGGAAACUGAUGAAAGAGUUUUAAUUAAGGACUUUAAAGGAACUAUUCAAGAUAUAUCAUUUGCAUUAACUCCUCAAGUUAUAUUAGGUUGUGUUGAUGAGAAUGGGAAUUUGGUUGUGUACACAGUAGAUAGUAAGGGAAACCAAUUGGAGUGCAACUUGCUUUUGCAUGUAAAUCACUCAAAUCCGGAUCCAACUUGUGGAAACUAUAGGGUGAUUUGGUGCCCUUAUGUUCCAACUUAUGGUGAAAACUCUGAUACUGUUGAUGAUCCUGCCAAGUUGUUGGUGCUUUUGAAUGGUAGUAAAGCUGAAGUUUGGGAUGUUAGCUUGGUGAAUGCCAAAUAUGGGACAGGGACAUAUUUAGAAAUAGCUCCAAAUGAGGAAUAUGAUGGAUAUGUGGAGAUUGAUGGUCAUUGCAUGGAUAUCAUUGAUGCGUCAUUUUCUCCUGAUGGUACUGCCUUGGCCACAGCCAGUCUUGAUGGCUAUGUAAAAUUCUUUCAGGUAUAUAUGAUUGAAUCAGAGGAUCCUAGAUGUCUCCAUCAAUGGCAACCUCAUGAUGGUAAAGCCCUUUCCUGCCUUCUAUUUUUGGACAAUGUUAAGUCUUAUGCACUGACAGAUUCUAAGUUUUGGAAGUUUGCAAUCACUGGUGCAAAUUAUAACGCAGAGAUGAAGAUUUGGUCUUGCGAGUCUUGGACGUGCUUGCAAACAAUAAGAUUCGAACCAAGUCCACACUCGGUUAUUCCAAAUUUAUUCCUAAAAGUGACGCUCGAUAUGUCUGCAGAAUACCUUCUAAUGUCCGAUAUAAAUAACAGAAUAUUAUAUACAUUACAAAUACAGAAAAACGAAGAAGAAAGAACAGCGAGUGUAUCGACGAUAUCGGAAUUUUUGUUGCCUUCGUCUUUUUUGAGUUUUUGCAUUGUCAAUGUAUCGGAAACAAAUUUACGCAAUUCAAAUAGCAGCGAGGACUUAUACGAUGACGAUCAAGAGGAUUACGAGGAUGAAACUAGUCUGACGGCAAUUGCAAUGAAGAUGAUUGUGGUACAACCUAAAAGCUUGCAGGAAUGCACUGUGACAUUCAAGCCUGAAGGAUCUAUGGCUUCGAACCUGAAAUCGGUUUACGGGAAUGUCCUUGAAAACAAUGAAAGCGAAGUUAACGAGAUUGACGAGAAUCUACCUAAAUUUAACGAUCUAGAAUCUUCGCUUAAUCGAUUGUUGCAGAAAGGUGACUACCAGCAGCAAUCCAGCAUUAAUUUAUCACCUGAAUGCAAUUCACCUGUUCUGAAUUCGAGCCCAACUGCGUUAAUAGCAUUAGUUAAGAAAGAAAACAAUGCUGUUUUGAUUGACUUCCAGCAACCCCAGAAAGAUAAUUGCGCUAGCGGUGGAUCCAGUCCUAGCAGAGAAGUACAAGAAAUAUUAUCGCUGAACAAUCCAUCAACGCAUGUAGUUCAAGAAUAUUUUGACAAUUUAAAGUUGAGUGACACGGAAGCCACUGUUUUACCAACUAACGAUUACGCAGCAAAUGAUGAAGCCGAGGCGCCAAAAACUGACGCAUGGCCUAAUAUGGUUAUGGCGAAAGCCAUUGAAAUAGAGCUGAACAGACGUAAAGAACAAACGGACGAAGAUAGCACUAAAAUUAAAGAUUUGUCUUAUCGGAUGAAGAGUAUGGAGGAUAUACUAAAAGAACAAACUAAGUUAAUACAAUCCUUGCAACAAGAGAUCAAAAUUCAAAACGGAAAAAAAUCAAACGAAUAUGAUAUUCGCAACGUGUUUGUCAAGGAAUUGGAUACUGCAUUGAGCAAACACACUAGUAAAAUGUUUACUGGUUUCGCAGAAGAACAAAAGCGGAAAGAACGGGAGCAAUACGAUAAAUUAGUAAAUAGCGUGACGCAAACAAUAAACAAAAGUAUAUGCGAUAACUUGCAAACUAUCAUCACGCAUGAUAUCAAGGUGAAUGUCCUACCCUCGAUAUUGAGUAUAUUCGAGGAACUGCAAAUGCAAUUGGAUGUGCAAUAUUCGCAAAAACUGCACCUCAUUGAUCAACUACUGAAGACUAACAUUGCGAAAUUAUUUAAUAAAGCGUCUGUUGCUGAAUCGCUUUCAAGUUCUGUUAUUAAUGUUAUAAAGCCAAGCUUGGAUAAUUGUUAUAAGGAAAUGAUUGGGACUACGCUGAUUCCCUCUUGGGAACGCGUUUGUCAUACAAUGUUCCAACAGAUUCAUAACACUUUCACACAAGGAACUAAAGAAUAUACAUCUUCCGUCGAAAUGUACAUGGAUAGGCAGAGGAAAGUGCAAGAUAAAGGAAAGGAUUUGAUUAAUCAAAUGCAAACAGUGUCUGAGAGCAUGAAAUCGCACACUGAGAAACUGUCGAGCCACAUCAGCGAAGACAUGCAAAAGCAAAUUAACAUAGCAUUUAACAAGUUUUUCCGUAGUAUGCAGGAGAGGAUGACCGAUAGAAUAACUGAGGUGGUCAAAGAGCAGGUCAAAAUAGGAUUCCGCACCCACGCGGCUGUUUUGGAAGACAGCGUAGUGAAUGCAGUCCGCUCUAGGGCCGUAACGCCAUCACCUCAUGUGAUCGAUACACAAGCACAAUUGACGCAAAUUAAUAAUCUUCUUAUGAAAGGCAAUAUUGAUACAGCUUUUCAGCAAGCGCUCUCCGCAUCGGCAACGUCGAACGACCUCACCUUGGUUCUGCACAUCUGCGAAAAUAUUAAACCACAAGAUAUUUUUGGCAUGAACAAUUGUAUCCUGCAGCAGCACGUUUUGCUAUCUCUGGUGCAACAGCUGGGUACUGACAUAUCCAGUCACACUGAAAUCAAAAUUAGGUAUCUGGAGGAAGCCAUAUUGAAUUUAGAAACAUAUAAUCAAAUGACCAAGGAUCACGUGCCAAACAUAUUGAAGGAAUUGUCGAAGCAACUGACGUUGUUUAUCAGUAACAAACCGAGUCACAAAUUGAUUACGAACAUGCGCAUGCUUGUAUUCAUUAUUAAUUCGAUGAUCGGCAACUGAUUCAUGAUUUUUUUUAUUAAUCCGAUUGCAUACGACGAGUGGUUAUAAUACUGUACAAAGUAACGAAGAGAAUAAUUUUUCAUGAUGAAUUUGCAAUAUAAAUAUAUAUUAUAUGUUACUAGUAAAAAGCCAGUUCGAUUUUAUGCAAUCGGUGCAUAUUUUUAUACAU